AUGAGUCAACUGUAUGCAGUCUGUGAAAUACAAAGAGCUAUCCAAGUCAAAUUUAAGGCUACUUCAGGGAGUCCCAUGCUGCUAAGUAUGUUGAACGGCCACUCCACUCUCACCAAACAUAUUUUGUAUUUCUUUGGGUUAAGAUGGCUCCACUGGAAUUUCCCUGGGGUCCUACUCAGCCUGGAGAGUCAGGUGAAGAUAUUUGCCCCCAAUAUUGAGCAAAGGGAUGUAGUCAAUCACCUAAAAGGAAGUCCAACAGAAGAGAAGAGAAAUGUGUUAGUUGAAAGUGCCAGGUUGGCAAGAGGAAACAUUCAGGAUUUGGCUGAACUGAAAGCUAGUGAAUUUGAUGCGGUCAUUUUCCCUGGUGGUUUUGGCGUAGCAAAGAACCUGUGUUCCUGGGCUGUAGAUGGCAAGAACUGUACUGUCAAUGAGCAUGUGAACUCCACACUCCAAGCUUUCCACAGUGCUAAAAAGCCCAUUGGUUUGUGCUGUAUAUCCCCAGUUCUGGCAGCUAAAGUCUUUCCUGGCUGUGAGGUCACAGUCGGCCAAGAUAAAAACGUAGAUGGAAGAUUUCCUGAUGCUGAAACGGCAUCUGCUAUAGCAGAGCUUGGAUGUAAGCACAUUUGCAAAAAUGUAAAUGAAUCCCAUGUGGAUAAAGCCAAUAAAAUAGUUACUACCUGUGCUUUCAUGUGCAAGGCUCCUCUGCAUGAAAUCUUUGAUGGAAUUGGAACAAUGGUACAAGAAGUCCUGAAACUUGCCUGACUGGAAGCGUACAGACUUCUGCAAGGAAAUAAAUUUAGCUAAGCAUAAGCAUUUAGCUUGCUGUGAUUGUAUUAAUAAAAUAAUGCAACCAUUAAACUUCA